AUGAUGUCCGUAACAACGAAUACAGACUGGGAUGAGCCGUUACCAGCAUUUCUACAUGAUGAGUGGUCAGCGUGGGUUGAUUCUCUGAGUCAACUGGAAAACUUUUGUGUGCCAAGGAGUUACAACAGUUCAUUCGUUGACUCAACCAGACGUGAAGUUCUUGUAUUUUGUGAUGCGUCAAAGGACAUUAUUGCUGCAGUGGAGUAUCUUAAACUUCAGGACAAUGACAUGUGUAGUACCAACUUCCUGCUUGGGAAGGCCAAGGUUGCCCCAGUCCAUGGGCAUACUAUUCCACGGCUUGAGCUGUGUGUGGCCGUAUUAGCUACAGAAGUUGCCGAGUUUGUGAGAGAUCAGCUGAGCAUUCUGUUGCAGGACUUUCGUUUCUUCUCAGACAGUCAUAUAGUACUUGGCUAUAUCUCGAAUGAAAGUCACAGAUUCUAUGUUUAUGUUGGGAACAGAGUGGCACGCAUUCAUUUGUUUAGUCAUCCUUCCCAAUGGAGGUUUGUUCAGUCCAAGCUUAAUCCUGCUGAUGUUGCUACCAGGCCUGUGAACCCUUCUACUCUUCAAGAUUCAAGCUGGAUUCGUGAACCGCACAGUUCGCUCAGUACUCCUACUGAGGACUUUCAAUUAGUGGAUCCUGAGCAUGAUACUGAGAUUCGCCCAGAUGUAACCUGCAGCAAGACUGACACAACAGAUGUCACACAUUCAAAUCAAAACCUUCAACUUGUCAGACAGAAGUGUUUUCUAAAAGAUUCACUAGAUUUUCUAGUUGAGAUAUGCUUGUACGUGCAGUUGCUCGCUUGA